CACCUGGGUCUGCCCCGUGACCUACUGCCAGCGGGCGUUGGACACUUCACGUGGCCUCAAAGUGCACUUAGCCCGGCACAAGCGCCGUGGUGACGUCACCGCCACUUAGUGGCGAAUGGCGGUUGUUGUUGGGCUUCUUUCGCACCGUACGUUGCCAACUCUGCUAAUCGGAGGUGCGAUAAGUUGGGUGACGUUUAUGGUGACAGUGGUGGUGAGGAAGCUGGAUUUGCCAUGAUAUGACGAUGCUACAGCAUAUCGGACGAUGUAAAGUCUACAGACAUUGUAUCGUCCAUUUUGCAAAUGGAGGGAGGAGGUCCUGGAGAGUUGAGAUAUGAGGAUAAUGAAAAUGCGCGAACGAUUACAAAUCCAAAGUGCUUUAAGGAGGUUUUUUGGGGUUAGAUCACGUAAAUGUGUCGUUAUACCCGCCACCACCCGGCACAGCCAACUAGUAAGGUUUGUCACGUAAACAGAACGUGGCCAAUUCGUUACGAGUACAGCACACCGGUGUGUUGGAGAGUAAACGGUGAGUUUGAAUUCGUGGAGUCAAUGACGACGCAGAGAUGGGCGUCAUCAACAUAGACACUGGAGAUCUGCUUUGUGUGUUUUUUAGUUUGUUGUCCUUCCCCCGCACCUCCGAUUAGCACGGUUGGCUGCGUACGGUGUGAAAGAAGUUCAACAUACAUACGUACGUACAUGCAGAUGGUUUUACCAAGUGGCAGCAGUUGAAUUGACAAUAGCAGGGGGUCAAGGAUGAAACCUAAUGGGACACCAUUGCACAGGGGUUUCUGAGAGGAAGACAGUCCACGUGUGGAAACGUAGAAGAAGCCGUUUGAAGUGUAAGAGUGGCACCGGGAGAGACACCUGCACGCUUAUGGAGACUCUCAAAGAGAAUGAAGCAGUCAGUGAUGUUGAAAGCAGCAGAGAGAAUCUGGAUCAUGGAAACCCUAAAGGGAAAGGUACUCCAAUUAGCAUGGUUGGCUACGUACGGUGCGAAAAAAGUUCAACAUACCUACGUACAUUGGAGAAGUGGGAGCAGAUGAUUCCUUCUGGAGCAUUUCCAAGAAAAUCCACAGUGGCGACGGUGUGAGUCUACCCCCCCCCCACCUGUCUUUGUUCACCCAGAUGUAUAAAUCGGCGAGUCGAGGUGAGGCGACCGGCAGGUCAUGUGUGGUGGGGCAAAGCCUGUCUUCAGAGACACUUGGCCGAUGUGGAAGACCAGGGGAAUUCCCACGAGAGGGUUUCUCUGUCGUUUCCUCUAUUGGAGGCCCAUCCGCCAGCAUCGGGUGUAAGCAAGCAGCUGCAGCGCUGCGACAUUUCCCGUGCGUAGAAACUAAACUAUUUGUUUUAUUUAACCAGGUAAGGCCCAUUGAACUACUCGGCUAUUUUUCAGAAGCGACCUGGUUAUCACAAAUAAUAACGAAGUGGCUUAUCAUCACGUGGACAUUUAUAGCAGCCAAAUACUCAAACAGCAUGGUGGGUCUAAACGUAGAGGGGAAAUCCGGAGGACCCGGAGACAAAUCCACGUGACCACGGGCAGAGAGACACGCAAACUACAAAUAUACAGCAAGGAGAGGUAGCUAACAUCUCCUGGCCACCGCGCACAAAACCGCUGCCUUUUCCAUUGUCCACUUUUACAGAGGAUCUCCACCGCCGGGGCGCGAGCGGGAAUGACGAUGGGGACGCCGACGAACGCACGCAACGCGUCCCACUGCAGCGUGGACCACGACGACAGCUCGCACGUCUACGCCGCGGUGUUGAUCAUCGUCGCCGUCCUGGGACUGUCGGGGAACAGCGUGGCCCUCUUCGCGUUCAUUUUCCGGCUGAAGAAGCGCAACGCCGCGCGCUGUUACUGCAUCAACUUGGCUCUGGCGGACCUCUUGUACAUGCUGACGCUGCCCCUGCGUGUCGCCACGCACCUGCAGGGCGGCAGGUGGCCUUUCGGAGACGUCGCGUGCGCCCUCGUCUUUUACGUCUUCUUCAUGAGCCUCUACAGCAGCAUCUUCUUCUUGACGGCGAUAAGCGUCAACCGCUACCUGGCCGUGGUGCGCCCCAUUCAGCAGUGGCAGGACGGCAGCCGGCGAGCCAAGAUGCUGUGCUCGGGGAUAUGGGCCUUCACGGCGGUCUGCGCCUCACCCUACCUCCUCAAAGGCACGGACACAAUAGGGAAGGACGCGGUUUGCUUAGACCCCCAGGUAGACUCCACGCUGAGGUUCGUCAUGAGCAACGUGUCCUUCGUGUUGGGGCUCAUUUUCCCCCUGGUCAUCAUCGUGUUCUGCUACAUGUCCAUCCUCCGCCGCUUCAACCUGGGGCCAGCAGACGGCGGCUCCAAUGCGAGGGGUCGGCGGGGACGCGAGAAGAUCAAGGCCCUGGCCGUCAUCAUCAUCGUCCUCUUCAUGACCUGCUUCGUGCCAUACCACGUGGUGCGCACGGUCUACCUUUACUUGCGGAUGAGAGCCAACGGGCAGAGCGACGCCGGGUGGUACUGCCAGCAGGCCAAUCAAAUGAAGCCCCUGAUGGGAGCGCUCAUUUGUUUCGCCGCGGGCCACGGCUGCUUCGACCCCGUCGUCUACUUCUUCUACAGCAGGCACUUCCGCAGCUUCCUCGGCCGCAUGCUGCCCCGCAGGAGAGGAGCGGUCGCGCGCGAUCCCAGGGCGGCCACCGUACGCGGAGACGCGACGUUCACGAACUCGCGAGCGGCCGCCUCGCACGACAACGCGGACUCCGCCGCCGUGCAGGACCUCAAACCCAGGGGGGGCCCAUCGGGCGAGGACGCCGCGGUGCCGCCGCGAGGCAAGAGGGAUCAGCUUCAGAUCACGGACAACAGCCCGAGUAACAGCUUUCAGAGUUUCACGGACAGUUAAAAAGAGGUCAUUAACGCGCGCACGUGUUGACGCUGAAAUCGCAAUUGAUGUUUGGGGCCGUCCAUAAAU